GCGCGUUCUCAGUUUGCAUGUCAAAUACUCAUACUCACACAAAGUCUGGUGCUUGCUGUUCCUUUUCCCUCACUGCAGAGAUAUCAGAGGAGCUACUAUGGCAUCAUCUACAACCUGGGGAUGAGUGCCACUCAUGUCCACAAUGAAGUUUGGUCCACCAGACACUCUGCUGCUCUGCAACUGGCUCUCUGAGAUGGGAACAAAUGAGUGGUUGUCCCUUGUUCCUGGUUGCCUGGACUGUUGUAUAAAGUGUUUAGGAGGCGUUCCAUACGCAUCUCUACUGGCCACCAUUUUGUGUUUCUCUGGAGUUGCUCUGUUCUGCGGCUGUGGUCACGUGGCCCUGAGUGGCACGCUCGCCAUCCUCGAAAACAACUUCUACAGGACCCCGAGUGAAACUGCCAUGCUCACUGACAUAAUCUAUCUUUUACAGUACGUGAUUUAUGGCAUCGCUUCCUUUUUCUUCCUCUACGGUAUCAUCCUGUUGGCUGAGGGUUUUUACACCACCAGCGCUGUGAAAGAACUGCACGGCGAGUUUAAGACCACAAUCUGUGGCCGCUGCAUCAGUGCCAUGUUUGUAUUCCUGACCUAUGUUCUUGGAGUGGCUUGGCUCGGAGUUUUCGGGUUUUCCUCCAUUCCAGUUUUUCUGUUCUACAACAUUUGGUCUACGUGUGGAUCCAUGGGUUCCAGCUCUCCGGCCAACUCCUCCGUUUGUGUGGACAUGCGGCAGUAUGGAAUUAUUCCAUGGAAUGCCACUCCAGGUGUUGCUUGUGGCUCAACACUUCUUGAUAUUUGUAACUCGAGUGAGUUCUACCUGUCCUACCACCUGUAUAUUGUUGCAUGUGCUGGAGCUGGAGCUACUGUCAUCGCCAUGUUCAUCUACAUGAUGGCUACCACUUAUAACUUUGCUCUUCUGAAGUUUAAGAGCAGAGAAGACUGUUGCACUAAGUUUUAAACAUGCACAGGAAUCAAAUGGACAAAAAAAAGUAAAACUGAGAAAAGGAUCCGAACCAUAACUUACGAUACAAUGUAUAAAUAUUUAACUAUAUCUGUAUUUAGCAGUUUUAGACCAGGGAGCUCACCAGUUUCCUAACGAUCUUUAUAUCUUUAUAUUACUGCAAUAAUAUAAACAGUAGUUGCACUAGCCUUUAAAAGAAUGGUUUAAGGGAAACUUUAUGCUAAUUUUUCACUUGAAUGUAGUUGAUUUAGCCAAGAUGUUUAGCAUUAAAAUUGCUUAGCUACAAGGUUAAUAUCGCUAACAAGUCCUCUAGUUAACAUUGUACAAACACACUUUUACUUUCUGACAUUCUUAAAAGUGGCUGCUUGCAUUUUAGUUUUUAGAAAACACGACCCCAGAAACUUAGUUCCUACAUUAAACAUCAAGGAUUCUUUGCUAAAGUUACAAAAGUAAACUCAAAUUUACUGAAAAAUGUGAGAUCAGCAAAUCUGUUUUGUGUACAAAUUUGACAGUUUUGUGCAUUAACAAACAAAUAACCAAUUAGCAUGAUGCUAACUGCACACUGAGGUAACACACCUUGCUUGGUUAAGUAGUGCUUCCUUUUUUUCUUCUUUUUUUUUAACUAUAAAGAAAACUCAAAGCCCGUGUAAAAUGUGUAAAAAUUAAAACUAUUAACUUUAGCAUGAGACUAAUAGGGUUGUGCUACAUUGUGAUUGUUUAUUGAAAAAACAAAAUUGUUUAGCCAGCAAAAUGUAUGUUUGAUAUUUCUUGGGAAAAAUGUUUUAGGAAGAAACAUUGUGCCAACUGUAAAAUUAUCCCAUUACACAUGAGCUUUACAUCAGUGCUAUGAGGCUAAUUAAGGUGACAACCAACCAACUAGCACGGUGUUAACUUUGUAUGUACCGUUUGUGCAGUUAACAUUAGCUCUUUGCUUGACAAAAUACAGCCUGGAUAAUCUCUAAAUAUCAUCACAAUGAGAACCAACAUGUUUAUUUUGACAGAAAUUUCUCCUAAUGUACCAUCCUUGUUCUGGGAUGUAGUGCAGCAAAGUUAACAUUUUAACCGGUGUAUCUUUUAAUUAUUUAGAAAUUUCUCAGAAAUUGCAGUUUUUAUUUAGCAGAACAGCUGCAUGCCAAUUUUUAUUUUCUCAGCUUUUCAAGUAAUGUUUACUUAGUAUUACCUUUAACUUUUGAAAACAAAUGUAGACUUGUUUCUUUGAUAUG